GACUCUGCUGUCGCUACAGCUGCCGUUGCUGUCCCUUCGGCCUCGGCCUUUUCUGAGUCUCCAGCACAUUGAAUAGAAAUGGAAGACUAUACAAAAAUUGAGAAAAUUGGGGAAGGUACCUAUGGUGUUGUAUAUAAGGGUCGACAUAAAACUACAGGUCAGGUGGUGGCCAUGAAGAAAAUCAGAUUAGAGAGUGAGGAGGAGGGCAUUCCAAGUACUGCAAUUCGAGAAAUUUCUCUGUUGAAAGAACUUCGUCAGCCUAACAUCAUCAGCCUUCAAGAUGUACUCAUGCAAGAUGCUAGAUUCUACCUCAUUUUUGAAUUCCUCUCUAUGGACCUCAAGAAGUACUUGGAUUCUCUUCCUCCUGGCCAGUAUAUGGAUUCUUUACUUGUUAAAAGUUAUUUGUAUCAAAUCUUACAAGGCCUUGUCUUUUGUCACUCAUAAAGAGUUCUUCACAGAGAUUUGAAACCUCAGAAUCUAUUAAUAGAUGAUAAAGGUGUAAUUAAACUAGCUGACUUUGGACUUGCACGGGCCUUUGGAAUACCUAUAAGGGUCUAUACACAUGAGGUGGUAACACUGUGGUACUGAUCUCCAGAGGUGUUGUUGG